AACCCUAGGAUAUAGUGAAAGAGAAAUAUGAUGGAGGAUCGUCCGACAGGCUUCAGGUUCUAUCCAACGGAAGAAGAGCUCGUCUCUUUCUAUUUGCACCACCAGCUCGAGGGCUUGCUACAUGACCAGCUCCACCGGAUCAUUCCGGUCCUUGACAUUUACGCCACCAAGCCAUGGAACCUCCCAGAGCUUUCAGGAGAGCUGUGCCGAGAAGACAAAGAGCAAUGGUUCUUCUUCGCUCCGAUGCAGGAGAGAGAAGCCAGAGGAGGGAGACCAAGCAAAAGCACAGCUGUGGGUUACUGGAAGGCAACCGGGUCUCCCGCAUACGUCUACUCAACGGACAACAAAGUGAUCGGGAUGAAGAAGUCCAUGGUCUUUUACGUGGGAAAAGCUCCAGCAGGAAGAAAAACCAAAUGGAAAUUGAACGAGUAUAGAGCCGUAGAAAUAAUCUCACCUCCCAAUUCAAAUUCUUCAGGUUCUAGCAUGCCCAUACUUAGGUUGAGGCAUGAUUUCACGUUGUGCCGAGUGUAUGUUGUGUCCGGGUGCUCCCGAGCAUUUGAUCGUCGGCCUCUGGAGUUGGUGGCUGGAGAGACAAUACAAGGUGUAGAUGGUGAUGGUGGCAGCGGCAGCAAAUCCGCGCCACCAUCAGGAUCAGUGAAAGAAAAUAAUGCUGGAAUUUCCCGUUCCAUGGAGACGACUAGCAUGGAAAUGGAAGAACCUAUAUGGGAUUGGGAUCAACUCAAUUGGUCUUAGUACGGUCCUUGGAAAAUAUAUUUUCUCUGGAUGAAUUUUUGUUUGUCAGAUGAUGCUUUUUCCUUUAUAGUUUCCAUUGGGUGCUGAGAAGUAUCCAUAUUAUGUAUGGAUCUCAACCAUUGGAAAGAAUAAA